AUGGAACCCGACUACAUUCGUUUGUUUGGAAGCAUGCCAAGGACCCUGUUGACAAAGAAUCCCAGUUUAGUUUGUUCCAACUUCUGCGGUUUAUCACACGCUAGUAUAUUUGACAAUUCAAGUCCUUUCACUUUCAUGCUCCCGCUUUUGAUGCUCCAAUUGGCCUUUGCCUCCGCCGCCAUCCUUCUUACCUUUUCUCUCCUUCGGCGUCUUGGCGUGCCCCUCAUGUUCGCUCAAAUCCUAGGUGGAAUACAGGUGGGGCCAUCAAUGCUGUCCAUGAUUCCAGGGUUUCCCAACACCAUAUUUCCCAUAAGAAUGCCUAUGAUACUAACCAUGGCCACUGCCCUCGUGUGGAUGCAAUUCGAAGAUCCGAUUGACAAGAGGAUCAAUCGCCUUCUGGAGAUAGCCAAGGCGGAAUCCAUGGUUUCUUAUUCCAUGGUAACAUACUACAUUUCCGAGCUCAGGGUUAUAAAUUCAGAAGUUGGCAGAGUGGCAGUAUGUUCUUCAAUGGUUAGUACGUUGUGCAGUCUGUGUGUGAUUACGUCUAACUUGCUAUGGACCCAUUCGGAAGACGACGUGUUGCUCUUCUUCGAAUUGAUUUGUUGUAUCGUCAUCUUUGCAACUCUAGUCUGUUGUACUCUUGGCCCUAUACUUCUUUGGGAGAUGAAGCAGACAUUGGGUGGACAACCUUUGAAACAAGGCAACUUAGUUGUGCUAUUUGUAGCAGUGCUGAUGUCUGGGUUUUGGGCACGUAGUUUCGGCUUAGAUAUUUAUUUUGGUCCCUAUUUAUUUGGGUUGUUGAUACCGUCAGGGCCUCCACUAGGGUCAGCGCUUGUAGAGAAGCUUGAUGUGAUAAACAAUUGGAUGCUGCUGCCAAUAUUUUUUGUGAAAUUUGGGCUCCCAUUAGACAUCUUUGCUAUUAGAUUUAAAAUUUACUUCAAAGUUCAGUUCUAUUCCCUGUUGGGUGCAUUUGGGAAGUUCUUAGGAGCCUCCCUGAGUGCAGUCAGCUGCCAAGUGCCGCAGAGAGAUGCUAUUUCUCUUGGUUUUUUCAUGACUUUUCAAGGCAUCUUCGAGCUUGUAUUGAGGCACCGGGGUUACAUUGGAAGAACUGUGUUGCAGUCAAGACCAAACUCCCGAUUAAGAGUCCUAGUCUGCAUUCAUGAGGAACAAAAUGUUCCAUCUGCCAUUAACCUCCUUGCCACCUUAAGUCCCGGCAAGCAGAGCCCGAUUGUUGUUUACAUGCUUCACAUGAUUGAGAUAAUUGGGGCUGCAUCGCCGCUCCUCAUUUCACAUAGGAAGACCAGAAGGGUCUCUCCCAAGACAAGGGGCUCAGGGCCUGUUAUCAACGCCUUCAAAAACUUCGAGGAAACCCAUGCAGGUCUUGUCUCCGUUUCCCCCUUCAUUUAA